AUGGAGCGAGCACAGUCUCUUCUCACCAGCACCACCCGAUCCAUCAGCAGCACGCGAUCCAGUACCCGCUCGUCCCGCUCGAAUUCACUGUACUUGAACACACCCGGUCCGGAGAAGGGGGAGUUCUUCCUCCCCGCACCCACAUCCACGACGAUUCACCAACCGAAGAUCCGGGUGCGGGCGAUACUGGGGCACUGCCUCUACCGUAGGGUCGUGAUAUGGACGGUCACCGUCUCGCUGCUGCUCGGGCUCGCAUAUCUCAACACACCAUUAUACACGCGCGAUGGCAAGGUUCUCGGCGAUGAUUACAGGAUAGGCGGGCUCGGCGGACAGCCGAACAAGCAGGGAACCGAAAUUCCGAAUGAGGAGAUGCCAGAGAUUGACAGUUCGAUGCCGCCAUGGCUCAAGUUCAAGCACCUCAACGGCUAUUUCAACGGUCUCAAGUCGAUCGUGCCGUUCGUCAACCACACCGCAGAGUAUCCCAAUGCUUCAUUCCCCGCACCCGUAACCACGGUGCCCAUUUACCAUGACACCCCUCCCACUCCCACGCCUUACCUCGCAGCUCACCCAGAUUUUGAGUCUCGCGAGUACCUCAAGGACCACCACGCCGUGAAGGAGUGCUUCAUCGACGACGAGGACAAGAUCCCCGUGCCGGACAUCUGGGCCUACGACGGCGUCCCCCAGAACCAGCCCGACCCGGCCAUCGGCUCCCACACCGUCCUCGGCCUGCGCAACGACAUUUGCUUCGACCGCUUCGGACGCUACGGCCCCUACGGACUCGGCUACGACAUCAGCGAGGGCGGCACCUCACAAGGCCAGGACACCGAGCAGGAGGGCUCCGAGAUCGUCUGGUCCAAGACGGGCAAGAUUAACUACAGCCGCGUGGACUGGGGCUCCGCGCAGGACCGAUGCGUCGAGCGCAACAUCGCCCGCUUCCGCAACAGCACCAAGGACGCCGCCACCGCCUACGACACCGCCUACAGCGAGCCCGAAGCCGCCGGCGAGGACGGCCUCAAGAAGGUCGACCGCAUCGCCGUCGUCGUCCGCACCUACGUCGGCUUCGAGUGGACCCAGCACGCCAUCAUCAACUUCCGCGCCAUGAUCUCCGAGCUGUCGCUCAAGUCAGGCGGUGAGUACUCGGUGCACUUCCUGCUGCACGUCAAGGACAACGAGGCACCCAUCUGGUCCGACCCGUCCGUCGUCCAGAAGAUCCUCGACGACAACGUUCCCACCGAGUUCCACUCCCUCUGCACCCUCUGGUCCGAGGCCGAGAUGAAGCUCUACUACCCGGGCCACUUUGCCGACGCGCUCGAGAACCCCUCCAACGGCGACAUCCACGGCGUCUACCGCUCCGCCCAGAUGCCCCUCCAGGUCUUCGCCCUCCAGCACCCCGAGUACACCCACUUCUGGAACUGGGAGAUGGACAUGCGCUACAUCGGCUCCUACUACGAGCUCCUCGACCGCCUCGGCGCCUGGGCCCGCGGCCAGUCCCGCACCCUCCUCUGGGAGCGCUCCUCAAAGUACUACAUCCCCGCCGUCCACGGCUCCUGGGACGAGUUCGCGACCACCGUCGAGCGCGAGCUCAACGCCUCCGGCCGCCGCGCCAUCCUCGGCCCCCAGAUCUUCCCCGGCCGCAUGUCCCUCAAGUCCGAGGAGGCCGGCAUCUCCAUCAUGCCCGCCAACUGCGCUCGCGGCGGCGACCCCGCCGAGUGCGGCGUCGGCGAGGACGCGGACCUCAUCACGCUCAACCCGCUCUUCGACGCCGACGAGUCCGGCUGGGUCUUCGCCAAGGACGUCACCGGCUACGAGAUGGUUUUCGCGCCGCCCCCGCGCCGCUGCUCCAUCGUCACCGCCUCGCGCCUCAGCCGCCGCCUCCUCGCCGCCAUGCACGAGGAGAUGUGGCGCAUGCACCACAGCAUGUUCUCCGAGAUGUUCCCGGCCUCCAUGGCCCUGCACCACGGCUUCAAGGCCGCCUACGCGCCGCACCCCGUCUACCUCGACCGCGCGUGGUACCCCUUCGACACCAUCGAGAAGGCCUUCAACGGCGGCCGCGACGGCACCACCGGCGGCCACGGGUCGCCCUUCGACCUCAAGAACGAGCACAACCACAAGGGCACCAGCUGGUACUACAACUCCGAGUUCGCGGGCCUGUUGUGGCGCCGCUGGCUGGGCUACGGCCAGAUGGACGGCCGCGGCACCAAUGGCGGCCGCGCGAACGAGGGCACGCUGCGCGGCGGCAUGCAGGAGGAGUCGCACAAGGACAGCUCCGGCCGGUUGUGCAUGCGCAGCAUGCUGGUGCACCCGAUCAAGUGGGAGAACCCGAUCGAGAGAAGCUAA